GAAUUAUUUAAUAAUUUCUUUGUUUAUUUUACUUUAAUUUACAUUUUGUUCAGUUUCUUCAAUUGUUAACGGUUUAAUUUUUUCGGACUUAUGUUGUUUGUUUCAUUUUCAACAUUUUGAAUAUGGGUACGAGCACAAUGGGAAGCGAUUUACAUUCCGAUAAGCAGGACAAACUGCUUAAAUUACAAGCUCGAAAAAAGGAACUAGAGCAAAUGCUGGCCUCGAAAAAUGAGGAACUUUACAAAUUAUGCGUGCAAGAAGUACAAUUGACGGGUAUUAUGCCCCUCGAAGCGCCCCUAAGUCCUGAAGUUCCGCAAAGAGAAAGACUAGGCAGUGUCCGUAGCGUUGACAGGUCGACUGAUGGAACGGACGUUCAAGACGGGUCUGAUAACUCCUCGAGACGUCUUAGAAACGCUUCCGACCGUAUUCACGAUUCAGACCCCAAUCUACGUAAGAAUCUUACUCACAGGUUAUCGACACCGUCCAUAUCAGGUAUAUCAACAAAAAGUGGUCAUCCUAGGCAUGUCCGCCGACCUGAGACUAGUUGCUCAAACUUCUUUCCAUCGCCACCUCAGGAACGAAAUCCGGAAACAUUUUCUAUACACACCUCACACACGUACCCCGCUCUGGCUGGCCGUCACGAGUCUGUACCUCAUGAUAAUCUCCACAGUGAACUACAACAAGCUCCUGUGUACCGUCAUCACACUUUAACAACUGAAUACUCGAAUAAGAUUUAUUAUAACCAUACACCGGAAGCACAUAAUGUAUCACGCAUGAGAGAGACACAUUUUAGCUCCAGUCAUCCUGAUAUCACCACUCAUUAUACCCACGGCUCUGUUGCGCCGCAACCUGUGCCUGCACAUAACGGCAUGCGCAACACUCCACUGCUAUACCAGUAUGCUUCACAUUUAAAAUCACAGAACCAACAUCUCGGAGUCUUGAACCAUCACCACCAAAUGCAAAUGCAAACUAAACGGAGACAGGAUGGUGUUCGACGUAAUACACUACAGCGUACACAGACAUACCAUCUUACGUCGCACAGUGACUACAAUCAACAUUUAGAGAAUAUGACUGAUGCGUACCGACCACCAGCCCCAGUAUAUCAACAUAGAUCUCAGACCGACAUUCAAGAACAGCCAAUAGAAAGACGACAGAAUCCAAUUGAACGGACAAUUCAAGUUCCUAACACCCUCCCGCUCCGUGAACGCAACAUGAUCAGAAACCCUCUUCACUUGCAGCUGCAAGUGUCUACAGAUGAUUAUAUUAUGGAUGACAGACGACUUUACCCAGAUGCUUUAAGUCCAGUCAGUCAAAUGUCAGGUUACUCACAAAGUAACUUUGACUCUGUCAGUAUGAAUAAAUUUUCACCACUAUCACAGGAUACUAAAAUAAAAGAGAAACAUUGGUACGAGACGUCUUUAGACUCACCAACGAAAGCAGAGGCUCCUCUGUUAAAGACAAGUGCAAGUUUGAAACGUACCCCUAGUAUAGGUAACUCUCAAACAUAUGAAAUUAUGAUAUCAUCAGGCCGACACUCUGCCAUGCAAAGUCCGAACCAUGUGCCUCAUAGCCCACCAGUCUUAUCUCCGAGUGCUGUGUCUCUCGAGUCACCUAAAAACAUGACAGUUAUCGAGCAAGGUAAAUGUAUACCAUAUAGAGAGGAAACCAAGCCAUUUGAGAUGUCUGAUUUCUAUAAAUACUCAACAAAAUUCAGGCAGGCUAAUGUUCAAAAAGCACCUAUGCCUAAUCCUGCCCAUAGUUCUAGUAUGUAUAAUAAAAUGCCCAUGGAACUGCCACAGUAUAGCCAAGACAAUUGGAAUGGACACAGCAAUUGAUAAUGUAAAUUGUGAGUAAGUUUUCAUUUUGUAAUUUAAGUAGGUUACCUUCACGGUAAAUUAAAUGUUGCUUAAUCUGUUGGAUUAAUUAUUAUUUAUAUUUGAAGUUAAUUUUAGUUGUAGGUACUUAAAAUUGUAAAAUAAUGAAUGAGAUCUCUAGAUUAUAUAGGUUUUUUUUUUUAAUUUAAUGAAUACUUUACAUUAUACGGUACGAAAUAACUACCAAUUUCUCGAAGUAUGCGCCAAGAAACUGAAGUGUACUUCACACUUAUUUUGUUGAAAUAUAAUGCCAUAAAAAUAAGAAGUCAAUUAUUAACAAAAAAGGUACAUCUUGUUUAAGAUGUGAUACUGUGAUAAUUUUUGUGCAAAAGUUUUCAAUCAUAAUUUCUCCAAUAGUAAACAUGUAUAGCCUAAUUCAAGAUUUAAGGAACCAGAAUUCCUUGGCAACUUUUAAUUACAGCUAAAUAUUACUACUAUAUGUACAAAUUAGUGAAAGAAUUUUAUAUGGUGCCAACAAUUUGAUAUACAAAUAAGGUUUUAUUGUAAAACAAAAAUAUAAUGUACAAAUAUUUAAUAUUAAUUAAUAACUAAAUUUAAAAUUGAAUGAUUGAACAAAAAUAUUGUAUAAUGUGAAAUAAAACGUGUUUCAUUAAGAGAAGAUAAUGAUUUUUUUUUGUUACAUAAUAUUUUUGAUAAAAAAUAUCUAAUUUAAUCUAAUUGUUAUAUAAUUACGUAAUAUUGUUAGAAUGAUUUUUGUGAAAAAUGACUAAGAAAAAUUACAUCAUUGUAUAUUUGUUGAAAGUUAUUCAAUUGUUCUUAAAAAAAAACUUUCCUUGCCCAGAGUCCCACCAUAUAACUACGGUUAUAAUUGUUAUUAAAUAGAUAAAGUUCUCUCUAAAGAAAUGUUGUCGAACAAUAAUAAUGUCUGUGACAUUAAAAUGAAAUAACACAACUAGAAAAAA